UACACACAUAAAUCCAAUUGGACAUUUUAAUUUGUUCUUGGCAUUUAUGAGUAUAAACAAAACAUCAAAAAAGAAAAUUUUGUGUGAAAAAUUAGAAAAAUAGUAACUAAGUUUGUGUAAAUAUAUUUCAAUAAGAUAGAAGAAAAUCUGGAGCUGCUACGGAAGAAGCGAAACCGUGGCAAAAUGAAGUUAGAAGCGGUGAACGGGAACCUAGUAUCGCUGACAGUGAAGGUACCACCAGCGGCUGAACCAGAUAUUCCAAUGGGCUCGGAGGAGGUGGAUGAAGAAACACACCCACAACCUACAUUAGCUUCCCAAGAGCAACAAAAGCGUACAAAAGAAGAUGGUUGCGGAGAAGAAGGGGAAAAAACAGUAGGUGGUGCCGGCAAGAAAAAAGGCACCAGAAAAAAACGCUCAACUAAUUGGGAGGAGGCUGAACGGUGCCUCUUGGUGGAAGUUAUAAAACCAAAAGUCGAAUAUGUUGAAAAUCGUAAUGUUGACGCCAAGAGCAUAAAGUCGAAACGCCUUGCCUGGAUGCAUAUCACUAAACAAUUCAACGUACUAAAUUUCCGACAUCGCUCUCUGGAACAAAUUCAGGUUCAAUGGCGAAGUAUGAAAAACACAGCAAAACGGGAAUACCAGCAAAAGACUCCAAAUGCUGGAACAUUAGAGGGCUUGUCCAUGGUAGAAUUCAUGGAGGAUAUGCAAAAGGAUGCAACCAAUUCACGCCCUCACGGACGUAGCAACGGCAUUAUAAUCAAGAAAGAGUUACUAAGUAUCGACGAUGAAGAUACGCCUCUAGCGGCCCUACCCACAACGACAACCACUAGUGAUGAGACCUUACAAGCAUCGACGCUUGCAUUACCUUCCCCACCACAAUCCGCUGAAUCGCAGCCAGAAGUAACAAUGAAGGAGCAGCCGCAACAGAACACAGCCAUACGCCAAAGAAAGAAGCCAAUACAAAAGAAAAAAUUGCAAAACAAUGACAAUGCCAGCACCGAUGGUGGCAGUAAAGCGAAAAAACAGCACCGUUUAAAUAUCACCCAAAACGACGCUGAACUACUCGCCAACAGCGAAAGUGAUGCUCAAACUUCCAGGGCGCUUUUGAGUGCAGAUGACAUAAUCUAUAAAAUUCUUCCAACCGAUGAAAAAUAUAAAAAACAAAUUUUCGACCUGAUAAAACGUUCGCAUCUGGCCGAAAUCGAGCAUGCUCGCAUCGAACAUGAGCAGAGACUCAGUUUCGAAACAAUACAUCAGGAACUGAAACUAAGUUAUUAUCGUAAAAAUGAAGAGUUGAAGCUGUGUCAAAUGCGCGAAGAGCACAAUGCACGAAUGCGUCAAAACGAACAGGAACACAAAGCUCGGAUGCGUGCGUAUGUGUUGAGUUCGCGUAAUACUCCUCCAAAAUGUACAAAAAAUAAAGUUGGUUGCGAAGUAUAUGAUAAAGUCGAUGAUAAUUCGAAUGCAUCCAAACCUACAUCCGAAGAUUAAAUAUAUAUUAAGAAGGCUAAAGUGAAAACAGUAUUUUAAAGAUUAGCACAAUAAUGUUAUGUUGUAGAAAAUUCAAAUAUUUUACUCCUGCAACACAGAUUUAACGCUGCCAUUCAAUUUACUAGUAUUGUUCUAAUUUUUACUAAUGAUUUUAUGUUUUACGGUCGAAUAUCCAUUUUAAAAACUAACUAGUAUACACUUGCAAAAUGGUUGUGUAAUUGAAAAUAGAUGGUGCAUGCAUUUGACCAUUGAAAUUGUCGAACAAGAAAAUACUCAACUAUUUUAUAAUUGAUCACGUGCUAUUAUAAGUUGAUUUUUAUGUAAAGUAAUUUUAGUUUAUGUUUACUUUUGUGCUCAUUACGACGAACAAUACCCUGCAACAUUCACACAACACGUCGGGUUGUUGUAGUAGGUGCUAAAGACAUCCCUGAAGCAAUCUGGGGUCCGUUUUGGUUACGUAGAAUCGACUGUCUUGGGAACGUCGGGUCUACGCAAGUGGUUGCAGAUUGAUUUACUAACGAUCAAGGCCUGUCGACAAGCCAGCAGCGAUCUUCUUACCGACAACUGUUUGGAGUUCGCUACAAAAACAAUUAUAACCAUAAGCCUUUAUUUUGGACAUAUAUUAUUAUUUGUAAUUACAAUUAGUUGUAACUUUUCUUUUUCCUCCUUUCUGUGCAAUAGCCGUCAGCUACAUUGAAUCUAAUGUUUAUUACAUUUUAUACCGAUAUUUAGACGCAUGAAAUUUUACACAAUAUUUAGUAAAAUUAGUCAUAAUGAGUUUGUCAUUAACUACAACAAUUGCAAAUAAAAUUUAAUAUUACUGAUAACAAUAUUUAAUAAAAAAUCAAAUAAAACAA